UGACAUGGGGGGAAGCAUGGUCUACCGAGACGGCUUCUGUCGGCUGCCACCUAAGGGGAGAUGAUGGCGAGUCCAGGUCGCAUGGGCUACGUGCGAGGACUCUCUCUCUCUCGAGGUGUGCAUGGAAAGAAGGGGACGCCUGAACAGCUCUUCGUUUUGGCGCCCACGUCUUCUCAUGUAUAUGACGUGCUAUGCAGAUCACCUAGCAGAGAGAGGCAGCCGCACAGGAACUCUCUCUCUGUCUCUGUCUCUCCCUCCUAGGCAGACGGUGGGGCGGGCGGUCGCUGGCUUUCUUCCUCGCCUCUAUUUUCCUGGAGGAUUCUGAAGCAACUGCCGCAUGGGACUCCUACGUGCCGGAGCAGGUCAUCCACUUCGACAGGUCUGUUAGUAGGCCAUGUGGUGUUUCAAUGUGUAAGGAUCUAAAUCAUCCGCUAGUUUCCAUGGGAAGCAAGAGCAUAAAAGUUAGGAUUUCAAAGGCAGGUACCUUUCUGUUAUUUCACACUUGAUGAUCUGGAGAUCAGUUAUAGUGCCAUAGACAUUGGAAGCCGUAGACAGUCGAAGGCUUAAUCCUUGUCACCUGGGUAAUCAAUCAGCAUCUUUUCAGUUUUGAGAUUGGUCUUGCUGAUUUAAAUUGGAAUGAUGUUGAGGAGAAAUCCGGUAUCCAUUGAGAAUUCCAUGCGGCCCCAAGUUAAUGCCUCAUUUCUUAAGCAUCUUAGGACUUCAUUGGAAGAUGGGGAAAUUGGUAGCCCAAGAAUUGGCAGCCCCAGAGUGGUUAGCCCAAAGGUUGGUAGUUCAACAAUCGGCAGCCCUAGAAUGGUCGCUACUAGCUACUUUUCUGAACCAAUUGUCCCAAGAAGAUAUGCCAGCUCAGUUAUUGGUGCUAAUGCUAAGCAGAGGGCAGAAGUAGUGGAAUGGUUGAACGGAAUGUUCCAUUCUUUGAGGAUUCCAUCAGAUGCUACUGAAGAAGAUCUAAGAAGACGCUUGUUUGAUGGGAUGGUCUUAUGUGGCAUUAUGAAGAAACUGAAAUCUGGCUUCAUUCUGGAGGAAAAUGUAAACAUGGAACCAGAGUCUCCAAGAAGUCUUGAUUCUCCACGAUUUGCUGUUCUUUCUGCCAAGAGACGGUCUGAGAAUGUCAAGAAAUUUCUCUCAGCAUUGGAUGAUCUUGGCUUGCCAACAUUUGAUCCUUUAGAUCUAGAACAGGGACCAGUAACAGCUGUUGUGGAGUGCCUUCUGAAUCUUAAGAAUUACUUCACCUCUGAUGUAAAAGGUGUUGGCGAGUUGCAGAAGAAGCCACAGUCAGAUGUAAAAGGUUCCUCUGUUGGAGAUUGUGAGCAAGGAGAUCAAGCGAAUAAACAGACCUCCCCAGCUACUGAAAAAGAAACUCCAAAAAAUUGUCCAGAUUCAAGAUCUCAUAAUUUUUCAAGUGCCCCUGUUGUAUCAGAACCAUAUCCUCCAUGUUUAAAUUUUGUUGGUCAGAAGUUUACUGAGGUUUUUCAACUGAAUGAAGAGUCCAAUUCAGAUCUUCUUGCAAUAAUGAGCUCUGCAAUGGUGAAUCCAAAUGAUCUGGAUAAUGCUCCAACUCAGUCUCUUUUAUACAUUUUAUAUGUAUUUCUUGGAGAUAAGCGAAGUGGGGAAGUUUCUUCGCAGUUGGAAGUUUUGUUUAGAAAAAUUAUGCAGGAGAUUGAAAGGCGGUUGUCAACUCAAGGGGAGCAAAUAAGAAAACUAAAACUGGCUCUUAAAGAGGUUCUUGCACGAGAAGAAAGAUUGGUUUCCAGAGCUGGCAUGCUUGAGACUCUUGCCACUGGGACAAGUGAGGAAAUUAAAGUUGUGACGGGUAAGCUUCAGAAGUUAAAGAUAGAGAAAAGUGAUACAGAGAUGAAGAGGAAACUUGAGGAGCAGCACGUGCUUAGUCUGAUGAAGGAGAAAGAACAAAUGGAACUUGAAGUUUCCUCUUUGAGUCAAGAACUUGAAACAGCCAAAAGGACAUACGAGCAGCACUGCUUGGAUUUAGAAACACAAGGCAAAGAGGCUGCAUAUGAAUUGAAGAAGAAGAUCGAGCAACUUGAAUUCUUCCUAGAAGAGUCUAAGCGGAAAAUCAAAGAGCUUGAGACAGUUUCUGAAUCAAGAUCUCAGAAAUGGAAAUUGAAAGAAGUUGGCUUUAAAAGGUUAAUUGACAGCCAUCUCCAGGAUAUUGGGGAUCUAAGAUUGGCUUCUCAAGCUGCAAAGAAGGAAGUUCUUGAUAUGCAGAGAGGAUGGUUGGAAGAGAUUAGUAACCUAAGUGUAAGUUUCAAAAGAUUGGCAGAUGCAGCAGAGAAAUAUCACAUGGUUCUUGAUGAGAAUAGAAAGCUAUACAACGAAGUUCAGGACCUAAAAGGAAAUAUUAGGGUGUACUGCAGAAUAAGGCCAUUCCUUCCUGGUGAGGCUGGAGAUAAGAGCAUCAUAGACUAUAUUGGGGAUGAUGGUGAUUUGCUUGUGUCAAAUCCUUCCAAGCCAGGGAGAGAUGGUCAGCAUAUGUUCAAGUUCAGCAAAGUUUUUGGUCCAAGAGCUACUCAAGAGGAGGUAUUUAUGGACACACAACCGCUUAUACGAUCUGUUCUUGAUGGUUUCAAUGUCUGCAUCUUUGCCUAUGGUCAAACUGGUUCAGGGAAGACAUUUACAAUGACUGGACCAGAGCCACCCUCAGAGGAGACAUGGGGAGUCAAUUACCGAGCACUGAAUGAUCUUUUCCUCAUUUCUCAGAAAAGAAGCACUACUUGUGCAUAUGAAGUUGAAGUUCAGAUGGUUGAAAUAUACAAUGAACAAGUGCAUGAUCUACUUACAAUUGAUGGCCUUCAGAAGAAACUUGGGAUUUGGAGCGCUUCACAGCACAAUGGAUUAAGCAUCCCUGAUGCAAGUAUGCAUCAUGUGAGUUCGACUGCUGAUGUUCUUGCAUUGAUGCAGACAGGCCACAUGAACAGGGCUAUAGGUGCCACUGCUAUGAAUGAGAGAAGUAGCCGCUCACACAGUAUUCUCACAGUGCAUGUACGAGGUACGAACUUGCAGCCAGGUACCACAUUACGAGGGUCACUCCAUUUGGUAGAUCUUGCAGGGAGUGAAAGAGUUGAUCGGUCUGAAGCUACCGGCAACAGGCUCAGGGAAGCACAACAUAUCAACAAAUCCCUGUCUGCUCUUGGAGACGUUAUUUAUGCUCUAGCUCAAAAGAGCCCUCAUAUACCAUACCGGAACAGCAAGCUCACUCAGAUCCUGCAGGGUUCUCUAGGUGGUCAAGCAAAGACACUCAUGUUUGUACAGAUUAAUCCUGAUAUUGAAUCAUAUUCCGAGUCCCUAAGUACUUUAAAAUUUGCUGAAAGGGUGUCAGGAGUUGAGUUAGGAGCUGCAAAGAUCAAUAAAGAGAGCAAAGAAAUUAGAGAUUUAACGGAGCAGGUGGCACAACUGAAGGAGCUGGCCUUAAGGAAGGAUGCUGAAAUUCAACGGUUACAGUUGCUCCUAGAUCGAGCUGCCUCAGAAAGGCGAAGUACAAACUUGACAAAGUGUGCUUCAUCUUUGUCUCCCAAGAGGCCAUCUCAAAGAGGCUUUGUCAAUCACAAUCGCAGAUCUUCCUGUGGUGAAACAAGCAAACUUCUGUCAAGUACCUCCUCAUGUGACGCAGGGCACAGAAGAACUGUUUCUGAUGUCUGCAAUUAUUCUGAGUACAUUGACAGGCGAUCAGACUCCAGUUCAGAGAAGUCCGUUAAUGACUUAAGAAGUCCGAAGGAACACAAUCAACAGCCAAAACUUAGUGCAGAUCGAAGCCAAAAUGCUCAAGCAGCUGAUGUUGAACUUCUGGGAUUUGGAGAUGCAGAAGAGAGGUUGAGUGACAUAUCUGAUAGUGGUCUCUCCAUGGGUGCGGACACUGAUGAUGCAAUGUCUAGCAUGGUCGAAUUAAACCUUCUUCCAGAAGCUGCUAAAGAUUUAAGUAAUGCAAAGAAGCGGUCAGAAGCCCCAUCAUGGAUUCCUCGUCCGCCUCCAAGGUCACAUGCUGCUCGGCCACAAUCUCGAAUCAAGGAUCCUUUCAAGCCAUCAAUCGGUUUACAAAGACCAAUUGUGCCGCAACCAACCGUAUCAACAAUAAAGCCUCCUAAAAGAUGGCAAUGAUGGGUGAUAUCUUAAUUUCCUCAUAAGACCAAAUUUUGUAAUCAGCGGUACGUCCUAUUUUCUAUCUGUUUCUUAUAUAACCUGUGGUUUUGCAAAAUU